UUCAUUCAUCUAUAGAGGCAAAACGGCGUGCAGUUUUGUUUUAGAACACAAUAGCGUUCCUUCUUCUCUCUGAAAUAUCUUUGGCGACGAAGAAGAACAUCGGAGAGGAGGAAAGAUCAGUGAGAUUCGAUUCGAAGCUUGAGUUUGGAGAAGAAGAUGGACGGAGAAGAAGAAGUGAGCAUCAAAGAGUUAGCUUCCAAUCUCACUACCUACAAAGAGCAGCUCCAACAGGUGAGGCAGCUUUUGUCGCAAGACCCUAGAAACUCUGAAUAUGCUGACAUGGAAAAGGAGCUUAAAGAGGUGAUUGCAUUGACAGAGGAACUUCUUGCAACCGCUAAGCAAAAUGAGAUUCCUCUAUCAGCUGCUGGAGCAACCCCUGAAUCACCCGAUUUACUUGAGGGUGCUUGGCAAAAGAUGGAAUCAAGGAAUGACCCAAUACAUGAGGGUAAGUUCCCCAUUGGAACAAAAGUUCAAGCUGUCUAUAGCUUCGAUGGCGAGUGGUAUGAUGCGACAGUUGAGGCACAUACUCUAAAUGGCUAUUAUGUGUCGUAUAAUGAGUGGGGUAACAAGGAAGAGGUUGAUCCAGAUAAUGUGAGGGCAAUAGAGACCAAUGCCCUCUUGGAAGCUGAAAGAAUAGCUGAAGCUGCGAAGAACGCACUCAAAAGAAAGGUUGAGCAAGCUGCGAGUUCUGAUUAUCAAUCCAAAACUCUACCGGCAAAGCUUAAAAUCGAUCCUAAUGAUCCCGAGGAUGUGAAAAUUGCAAAGCGUAAGAAGAUACAUGCCUUCAAGUCAAAGGCUAGGCAGGAGCAACUCGAGGUUACACAGAACAAGAAACAGAAUGCGUGGCAACAGUUUCAGACGACUAAAGCCAAAACUAAAAAGGUAGGGUUUUUUACAGGGAGGAAGAAAGAGAGUAUAUUCAAAUCACCAGAGGAUCCAUUUGGGAAAGUGGGUGUGAUUGGAAGUGGUAAAGGUUUGACUGAUUUCCAAAAGCGAGAGAAGCAUCUUCAUCUCAAGUCUGGUAAUGAUGCUGAGGGUUCUAAUGAAUGAGAGAGAAGAGAUUUUAUGUUACUAAAGGAUUUUCAGGCAACUUACUUGAGUAUCAAUUGUUCCCGCCUCUCGAAUAAACCUCUUAAAACAGAAGAUCUAAAAACCCUUGUGGAUUUUCUGCUCUUUUGUAAGUUGAAUCAAAGAUUAGCUAUUUCCUAUUGGAUGGUUUUGUUUCC